GAUGAAAACGAACCAAUAAGAUGAUUGCAGACAAAGAAGAUGGAGUGCGUAAUCAAUCGUAUUCACCUGUGAAUUAACGCAAUUACUUUCCCCUUUGCUCUCCUUAGUCCUUCGCAUCUUUCAAAGAGAGCCAACUUCAUAGUCCUUCCCAUCUUUCAAAGAGAGCCAACUUCAUAAUCAUAAUCUUAAUCAUAAUCAUGGGCGACCAAAAACUAACUCCUCCUUGCCACCAUUUGUCUCCCACCAACGUUCGGGACCUCUUCGAUUCACUUGAUGCUUUCCUUUUCGACUGCGAUGGUGUAAUAUGGAAGGGAGAUACACUGAUUGAUGGCGUUCCACAGACAUUGGAGAUGCUUAGGUCCAAGGGGAAGAAGUUGGUUUUUGUGACCAACAAUUCAACAAAGUCUAGAAGACAAUAUGCCCAAAAGUUCCAAUCCCUUGGAAUCUCAGUUACUGAGGAGGAGAUAUUUUCUUCAUCAUUCGCAGCGGCUAUGUAUUUGAAAGUCAACAAAUUUCCUCCAGAGAAGAAGGUGUAUGUAAUAGGUGGGGAAGGCAUAUUAGAAGAGCUGAAACUUGCUGGUUUUACUGGGAUUGGUGGUCCUGAAGAUGCGAAAAAGAUUGUGCAACUUAAAGCAAACACUCUCUUCGAGCACGAUAAGAGUGUUGGAGCGGUCGUGGUUGGACUUGAUCAAUAUAUAAACUAUUACAAACUACAAUAUGGAACUCUUUGCAUUCGUGAAAAUCCAGGGUGCAUUUUCAUUGCUACCAACCGUGAUGCGACUGGAAAUAUGACUGAUCUACAAGAAUGGCCAGGUGCUGGAUGUAUGGUUGCUGCAAUCUGUGGAUCAACAGAGAAAGAGCCUAUUGUAGUUGGAAAACCGUCAACCUUUUUGAUGGACUUCUUACAGAAAAAAUACAACAUUCCAACGUCUAAAAUGUGCAUGGUGGGUGACAGAUUGGACACGGAUAUUUUAUUUGGACAGAAUGCUGGCUGCACAACUCUACUUGUCCUUUCAGGUGUGACAAGCCAGUCAACACUCCAAGACCCCUCAAAUCAAAUCCAACCUGAUUAUUACACAAACCAAAUUUCAGACAUUUUGGAUCUGAUGAAAUCAUGAAUAAAAGCAUAAUCAACCUCGAGAGAAUGAAGAAAUUCAAGACACUGUGUGCCGUUACGGAAAUAAUGCUGCAAAGCCUUGUACCAUGUAUGUUACGUUUUUCUUUUCAAAUUAGCAAAACGAUUCAAUGCUCAAGUAGAUUGCAGCUUUUACUAUUUGACAUUCAAUCUAUGAUUUAUUAGUUAUGAGAUUGAUUUAUGUCACUUGUUAAUUACGUUGGACCAAGUUUCAUGUUUAAUGCAUGGUGAAUUUUGGC